AAACUCGCGUAUUCGGAGCAUUUGCGUUACCGUAUCUCCACAAGGUAACCGUACGACCAGGAAUCGAAUAGAUAGUGAAAGUCCCUGCGAGUCAGUAGGGGAUUGGGCGGGGCGGGGACGGGGCCCAGUAAGGUAUAUGAGGGCCCCAGUUCGGAGCCCGGCCGGUACUCUAGCCUCGCUGCCUACUUACACACAUACACACACGUAUAUUUAUACACACACAUACACACAAACCUGGCAUUAUGUACACCCUUGUGACGGUACUCUUGGUGGCAGUGGCCGCGGUGUCGGCUCAAUACCAGCAACCAGGAGGCAACUACGUCGACGAUAUCCCGCAGUACGAGGCAGGACGACCGGGUCAUCUCGCUCCCAGAAGUUACGCGACCUCGGACUCGCCAGCGGCGCAAAGGCAGACAGCCGCGGCCAGUCCGAAGCCUACGCCGGUGGCGAUCCUGAAACAGAUCAACCGACACAACGAGGACGGGUCGUACACUUACGGAUUCGAGGGGGCUGACGGCUCCUUCAAGAUCGAGACCAAGCUGGGGACCGGCGAGGUGAAGGGCAAGUACGGCUUCGUGGACGACACCGGCAAGGUCCGCGUGGUGGAGUACGGGGCGAACCAGUACGGAUUCCAGCCGGCCGGAGAGGGCAUCACGGUGGCUCCGCCGACCCUGGUGGACGAGACCACCAGCAAGGAGGCCCUGGAGGCGCAGAACUACCAGGACUACCAGGACUACCAGUCCAGAUCCUCCCCGGCGCGCGCUCCGGCCAGGGCGGCACCGGCGCCCGUGACGCGACCACGGCCCGUGUAUCAGGGCCAGUUCGAGCAGCCCCAGUCCCACACUCAGGCCAUUUACGCCCAGGAGCAGCUACAGCGAGCGCAGGUUCAGUCCCUGCCAAAGCCCGCGAUCUUCGCGCCCGCCGGGGGACCAGCCCCCCAAUCUCGGGCGCCGGCCUACCCCUCGGGCCCGGGGCCGUACGGGGCUUCCAGACCUCCCUUGCGCCAGUCGCAACUGAUCCAGCCCGCUGCCUACGACGAGCCCGCCCCAGUCUCCCAGCAGUACAACCAGGGCCCCGUUCAGUUCAGCCCGGCCCCGGAGCAGGCGCCCCGGAGCCAGCCGCAGGCGCGCAGCCACUCCAGUGGCGGGAUCUUGGACCAACUUGCCAGGGACUACGCGCUCCCACAGGGUGGAGCCGCGCCCUUGCACGACAUCAGCUUCGGAUACUACUAAAACCUGGUUCUCCGCGAGUUUCGGGGACUUUCGGCUCCUUGGGAUGACUCUGGAUGGACUCGUCCCCGCCAAGCCGGUCCUGUCGCGCCUUUCCGAUAGACUGAGGCCCGCGCCUGAGGACUCGCUCUGGAAUCGUCUAGCGUCUUCUCUCGUUAGAGCCCCUUAUUUUUCCAUUUCCUUCCCGGCCGGCAUGUAGAACAUUGGUUAACCACUAAGGAAGGUGCGGAUGCGCGCCUGGGAGCACGACGUUUCACCUGGAGGCCUCGGUGGUUCGAUGUACCCCAAAUUUUCAAUGGCUUGAAAUAAAUGCGAAACGGUACCUUGAGGAAGAGCGUGGUAUUUCGGUAGGUUGAACGUUGUAAUGGUAGGUAUACGCCUAACGACAAAUCGUAGCGACCUGUAGUCCGUGCGAUUUAAUCGAGUUCUUCUUUAGCGUCCACGUAUUGUUCAUGCGUUUGUCAAAUCUAUGCAGAUCGGUUUACAGUGAUGUAUCGCGACGUUUUAUCGUUUUGCGUAUAGCGAUCUUCUCGUCGAUUGUGUUUGGCGGUACCGGUCCAGGUGACUAAACGCGUGACGACAAAUCGUAGCGAUUUAUAAUUUGUGCAGUUAAAUUAACGUCAUGUAGAGCGUACAUGAGUGAUUCGUGCGUUAGUUAAGUCUGUACAAAUGUGCGUAAAUUUAUCGAGACGAUUUAUCGUUGGGUGUGACCACCUUAACGUGAUCCCUCGAUUGCCUAUUUGUUGUUACGAACUUUGACGUUUUGCUACUUAUUUGGCUUGGGCAGGAGUUGGAUGGAAUAAGAGUUUUCGGUUAGUAUCUGCAUGUCUACUUAUUUUCUGUUGAAUAACAUUGACUUAAUGAUUUCCUGAUACUGAUCGGAUUUGAAAGAAUUUAAUAAAAAAUAUUUUUGACUUGUAAAUUAUGACACAGUUGACAUUUAGAAAACUAAAAGUACUCUUGCCUGCAUUUGAAUAUAGACGGUUCCAACAAAUAACUUGUUAAAAGUCGAGAGUAUAAAAGUAACCUUUUUUACAUAUAUAAUGAAUCGUAACUGUUGUAAUAUAAGUGUUCGAAGUUUGUUGGUUCUCCUCUGCUUCAACUGUUUCCAAGAUUAUUACGAAGUAUGUACGUGCUAAUUCUUAUGUGCAAGUUAUCGAGAUUAUUACGACGAAUGAAAUACUGUGCUUAAAUGUUAAUUACGAGUCCCCGAGCAUACAGAAUUUUCUUCUUAACCCCUUCGAUCCUUAUUCCAUUCAACGCCUUAAUUCAGACGAACAACUGACUUUUCUUCUCAGUUUUAGCACUAAUGAAUAUAUUUAAAUGGUGUUGGAAAUACUUUAUACAGGAAGGAAGGAAACCGGAAGGUUCGAUUUUC